AUGAUAAACCAAUACCCGGAGGAGAGCAGGACAACAUGCAUGUGUUGUGCGAAUCUUCUCAAGUUCCCCGGAAACGUUCCUUGUUUUAGUGAGAUGCACAGUGUCACAGAUCUAGUCCCAAUACGACCGCCUCCUCCACAACCUGGAGGGACAGGAAACGGCGCAACCUUCACCCUCCCGACGAUCCGGGAUCUGUUGUCCAACCCGGAAUUGACGAGGGAGCAGAUCGAUAACGCGAUAUACCAGCUGUUCUCGAGGCAUUAUAGUCUUAACGAGAGCUUUUUGAAUGGGAGAACGACGAAUGUGGACGAUUCGGGAGUCGCGUUGGAUGACGUGCGGGAAGUCUACCAGCUCAUUGCGCGGAAUGGUGUAGCGGCGCAGCGAGCUAUGAUAGCAGGAAUCGAUGAAUUGCUGAGGCGGCCUGGAAGGCAGCUCCAACAACCCGAAGACAUCAGAUUCCUCAUAAUACUAGUAGAGAACCCCCUCUUUCUAAAACCCCCACCAGACCUCGAACAGUCCUACGUCCACUCCGUCGUUUCGCGCCUCCUCGGCCUCCUCUCCUGUCUCCCCAACGACCUCCAUCACCACCUCGUCGUCUGGCUUAACAAAGUCCCCACGGCCGUCUUUGGACAACGCGUCACGCUGGUAAAUUACUUUAUCAGCUAUCGUCUGGCGCAGAUAGAGGGGAUGCGGGAGAAUUAUCCGACGGAUUGGCCGAUUCGGUCGGCGGCGAGGUUUAUGGCGCUUUUACAUGCGACAAACGGACGGAGAGCAGACCCAUUACCAAUGGCCGAGCUUUACAAUACCCUUGUAGAUUACGUAGAUCUGUAUCGGGAUUUCAAGAUAUGGCAGGAAGAUCGGACUGGGGCGUUUUCGUUUUGUCAGUAUCCGUUCUUGGUGUCGUUGGGGGGGAAGAUGCAGGCCGAGGCGCAGAUAAUGGAAGCAGAUGCAAAACGGCAAAUGGCGGAAAGGUUCAAAGAAGCUUUCUACCGAACAGCACUACACGGUCUCGUCACCGAUCCAUUCCUCUCGCUACACAUCCGACGAAACAACCUCAUCGAAGAUUCGUUGAAUCAGCUCCAGUCGCGGCAUUUUGAUUUGAAGAAGAAGCUUCGGAUCGAGUUUAUGAACGAGGACGGGGUUGACGCCGGAGGCCUGACGAAAGAGUGGUUCUUGCUGCUGGUCCGGGACCUCUUUGACCCGCAAUAUGGGAUGUUCAUCUACGAGGAGGACAGCAACCUGUGUUGGUUCAACCCGGCGUCGUUUGAGAAUACGGAGGAGUUUCGAUUGGUGGGGAUUAUCCUUGGGUUGGCGAUACAUAAUUCCAACAUUCUUGAUAUCCACUUCCCCCUAGCCUGCUACAAAAAGCUCCUAGACCAACCCACCGACAUCGAGGACCUCAAGAUCCUCCGCCCCACCCUCACCCGCGGCCUCCAACACCUCCUCGAGUACACCUCCCCGGACGUCGAAACCACCUUCUGCCGCGACUUUGUCGCAGAAUACGAAGCGUUCGGCCAGACCAUCCGUGUCCCGCUCAUCCCCAACGGCGAAAACACCCCCGUGACGAAUCUGAACCGCACGGAGUUUGUGGAGAAGUAUGUGAGUUGGGCCCUGAAUGAGAGUAUUGAGACGCAGUUUAGCGCGUUCAAGGCGGGGUUCAAGUAUGUGUGCGGGGGGAACGCGUUGAGUUUGUUUAGCCCGCAGGAGAUUGAGUUGAUGGUGAGGGGCGCGACGGAGUUGGAUAUCAGGGAUUUGGAGGGGGUUACGGAGUAUGAGGGAUUCGAACCCACCGACCCGGCUGUCCGCAUGUUCUGGGACGUCGUGAACGCCUUCCCCACCGACCAAAAACGCAAACUUCUCCUCUUCGCCACAGGCACAGACCGGAUCCCCGCCACCGGGAUCCAGAACAUGACCUUCAAACUCAGUUGCAUGGGCGAGGACUCGGAGAAUUUACCGAUAUCACAUACAUGUUUCAACCAGAUUGGGAUAUAUAAGUAUUCGUCAAGAGGGAAGUUGGAGCGGAAGCUGAUGAUGGCGAUUACGUGGAGUGCGGGGUUCCAUGUCAAGUGA